CCCCUCGUGGGGGCGGUAGCCAUUUUAGAAGAAGAAGAUGCUCAUAUUUGUCGGACGUCGAUGCUUCGAAUGCUUCGUGACUGUGUUAAUAGGUUAUAAUUUUGCCGCCGACAUUUGUUUGCGACGUAUUUAUCAUUGUAAAUAUUUGUGAAUUAGCGCGUACGACCGCAGGUAAUCUCUCGCAAAUUAAUCAUGCUGUUCUAUUCCUUCUUCAAAUCCUUGAUUGGCAAGGACGUGGUGGUCGAAUUGAAGAACGACCUCAGUAUUUGCGGCACGUUAUAUUCCGUCGAUCAAUAUCUAAACAUAAAAUUGGCCGACAUUAGUGUAACGGAUUCAGAGAAGUAUCCUCAUAUGUUAUCGGUGAAAAAUUGUUUCAUCCGUGGAUCCGUUGUACGAUACGUACAACUUCCAGUGGAUGAGGUAGACAUCCAUCUUCUAACUGAAGCAGCACGGAGGGAAGCGAUGAACGCUCAAGCGAGAUAGCUUGUAGCUUUAUUAAACAUAUUGCUUACAAUUAAGAAUCUAUUUCCUCUCUCCGAUUAUUACGUACAUUUCGUAUUUAGUGUAGAAAUAAUAUAUGCAAUCAUCUCGCGUUAUUCAGUUUUUUU